AUGGAAAAUUCAAUUAUUUCCCACUUCUCUUCAUUCAAUCGUUCGUGCAUCUUUAAAAAACUCUCUAGCAUUAAAUAUGGAAGACUAUACAUCACAAUGAAAGAUCAAAAUGAGACGAAAUCAAGACUUUUCGGUAACGCAUCGUCGGAGUCCAUCGAUUCAAGCGAGCCCAAAUGCUCAGUUAUCAUUAAUAGUGCCAACGUUUGGACUCGAAUGUCUAUCAAUGUUGAUUUGGGGUUUUCUGAGGCGUUCAUGGCAGGAGAAUUGGAGUGUGAUGAUCUUGUUGCUCUUGUUUCCGUAUACAUACAAAAUUACGCACUUUUUGGAACUGGCAAUAUCCUUCUACAGAUAAUUCCCCGUAUUCAAAAAAUCUUUUUCAGACCCUCAAAUGAUAGUCAACGCGCUCUCCAGAACGCAUCAUCCCACUACGAUACCUCGAACGCACUUUUCUCUUCUUUUCUAUCAGCAGACAUGAGUUACUCAUGUCCAAUAUGGGACACCACUGGUAAAGAAGAAACUCUCGAGCGAAAAGUGCAUAACAUUAUUGAUAAAGCGGAUAUCAAGCCAGAACAUCACAUCCUCGAAAUUGGAGGCGGAUGGGCUUAUCUAGCUAUCGAAGCUGUGAAGAGAACUGGAUGUAGAUUCACGGUGACAACUCUGUCAAUUGAGCAAAAAGCUCUGGGCGAGAAAAGGGUAGAAGAGGCGGGAUUAAAAGAUCGAAUUGAGAUAUUGCUUUGCGAUUAUAGGCAGACUCCCAAGCCUAGUCCUGCAGGGUUUGAUAGAAUAAUCAGUGUCGAAAUGGUGGAACAUGUUGGGGAGGAGUACAUGGAGGCCUAUUUUAGGACGAUUAGCGAAUUGUUGAACAAAGAAAAUGGAAUCGUGGGCUUCCACCAAACUCGAUCCAAGAUCGACACUUUCAUAGAGCGUUACAUUUUCCCAGGAGGAUAUCUCCCCACCGUAAGAGAGAUUAUUGAACGUCUUGAAGCGGGAUCUACUGGUUCUCUAGAGCUUGAAAGUGUGCAAAGUAUAGGUCCUCAUUAUGUGCGAACAUUGCGUUUAUGGAGGGAAAACUUUGUCCAGAACUGGGAUGAGACUAAACAUUUGUACAUGAAAGAAAGAGGAGACAUGACGCUGUUAGAUCUUCAAACUUUUCAAAGAAGAUGGAUUGGCUACUUCAGCUAUUGCGAAGCAGGCUUCCGAGCAGGUAUUUUAGGGAACCAUGUAAUUACUGCGAAGAGACCACAAAUUCUGUCUCCAAGUGGAAUUGUUCCACUUUAA